AGAUAAGAUGUGCCCACUGAAAAAACCAAAAUAUCAUUCUUUUUUCUCCGUUGAUCUGAAAAAAGAACAAAUAAAUAAAUAAAUAUUCUUUCUCUUCGUCUCUCCCCUCACUUCUUUUACAUCAGCCCGCUGCCCUUUUCCCCUCCGUUCCGUUCAACUGUAAAACGACAAAAAAGACGCCGUGCAUUCAUCACCUCCGUCGCCAAAUCUCUAGAAACCUUUUUAAAAAAAAGGAUUUUCAUGUAGUUACACAUAUCCCAAAUCCAACUUUAAAAAUAAAUUUAAAUUAAAAUAUAAAAUAAAAUAAAACCCAUCCAUCCAUCCACUCCUCUUCUUCUUCUUCUUCUGCUGCUGUUCCUCUCUCCUCCACCGCCACGCUCACCUCUCUUUGCAUGACAUAAUACUAUUGUUCUUAUUAUCAUUUUCACUCUUUAAAUACAAACAUCAAUUAUUCCUUUUCUAUCAAACACAUGUAUUCUAUUCUCUCGUCGUCUAGAUUCUCAUCUUCAUUGAAUCCUCCUUCUUAGCGUGUCUUUGUCCACUUCUUUUGGGCACCGACGUUUUUAAUCUCCAUGACGAUUCUCGAAACGCCAGAAACUCUUGGCGUCAUCUCCUCCUCCGCCACUUCCGAUCUCAACCUCUCUCUCCGACGUAGACGGACCUCAAAUGACUCCGAUGGUGCACUUGCUGAUUUGGCUUCGAAGUUUGAUGAUGAUGACGACGUAAGAUCGGAAGAUUCUGCUGAAAAUAUUAUCGAAGAUCCUGUAGCAGCGGUUACUGAAUUGGCGACAGCAAAGAGUAACGGAAAAGACUGUGUUGCCAAUAGUAAUAAGGAUAAAAUUGAUAGCCAUGGAGGAUCAUCGGAUUUUAAACUUGCAUAUAGGCCUUCGGUUCCAGCUCACCGGUCACUUAAGGAGAGUCCGCUUAGCUCUGAUUUAAUAUUUAAACAAAGUCAUGCAGGUCUGUUUAACCUUUGUAUAGUAGUGCUCGUAGCUGUUAACAGCAGGCUCAUCAUUGAGAAUUUAAUGAAGUAUGGCUGGUUAAUUAAGACGGGCUUUUGGUUUAGUUCAAGAUCAUUGAGAGAUUGGCCGCUUUUUAUGUGCUGUCUUUCUCUCCCAGUAUUCCCCCUUGCUGCCUAUCUAGUUGAGAAGGCCGCAUAUCGAAAAUAUAUAUCUCCGCCUAUUGUUAUUUUCCUUCAUGUGAUCAUCACCUCAGCAGCUGUUUUGUACCCAGCUUCUGUAAUUCUCAGUUGUGAAUCUGCUUUUUUAUCUGGUGUCACAUUGAUGGAACUUGCUUGUAUGGUAUGGUUGAAAUUGGUAUCCUAUGCACAUACAAACUAUGAUAUGAGAGCGAUCGCUGACACCAUUCAUAAGGAAGAUGCAUCCAAUUCUUCUAGUACAGAGUAUUGUCAUGAUGUGAGCUUUAAGACUUUGGCGUACUUCAUGGUCGCACCCACAUUAUGUUACCAGCCAAGUUAUCCUCGCACAGCAUUUAUUAGAAAGGGCUGGGUGUUCCGUCAAUUUGUCAAACUAAUAAUUUUUACAGGAUUCAUGGGAUUUAUCAUAGAACAAUACAUCAAUCCUAUCGUCCAGAAUUCUCAACACCCUUUAAAAGGGGAUCUCUUAUAUGCCAUUGAGAGGGUUCUGAAGCUCUCAGUUCCGAAUUUAUAUGUGUGGCUCUGCUUGUUCUACUGCUUUUUUCACCUGUGGUUGAAUAUAGUUGCUGAGCUCCUUCGCUUCGGUGACCGGGAGUUCUACAAAGAUUGGUGGAAUGCAAAAACUGUUGAGGAGUACUGGAGGAUGUGGAAUAUGCCUGUUCACAAGUGGAUGGUUCGCCAUAUCUACUUCCCAUGCCUACGUCGUAAAAUACCAAGGGGGGUAGCAAUAGUUAUUGCUUUCUUCGUUUCAGCUGUAUUUCAUGAGGGAUCCUGAUGGAGCAGGACCAACCAGCCUUUCUCUGGGAACGGUCAGUAACUAAUGCUUGGCAUUUCGUUUCUCAAUACCUUAUCACUGAAGCGAAUUGAUGCUUAUGAUAAGUAUAGAAAAGAUGAAUCCCAAGGUGAAUGCCUGGUGGCAUUGUAGAAUAACUUACAGAAGAUGGGGUUGUGUAUAUUAAAUAGUUAAGGGGAAAGAAUAAGCAGCAGAUAAUAGAAACAAAUAGAAAGUAUAAAAAGGAGGGCUAUUACUGGAUAAUGGA